AUGUGUGAAUCAGUAGGUAAACUGUCAUUUAGAUGUAAUGUAAGUUAGCUGAACUUGAUCUCAGACUCAGGCCAUCACACAAUACAGUAAGGAAAGCUCUAAUGGGUGCCAUGUCAGCCACUGUGACUUUUCUGUAGUCUCAGGUCCAAAACACAUUUCACAUUGAGUAGUCUACAUUUCAAUAAAAGCUAAAUUGCGCAUAUUCACCUGCAUGAUGUAUGAUUGACGUAGACCAAUGAUAGAUGAAAACCAGCUGUCACAGUGAUAACAAGCCAACUGAUGGGGAAGAUCACAAUAAUUACGAAUGACAUACAAUCACAUAGCUUGGUCUUAGUGAAAUACUAAUAGUUACAAUCAUGUUAUAUGCUAGCAUACUUCAAGAGAAUAUAAAUUACAAAUGUGUGUGUUUAAAACAUGACAAAAGUCCUCCCUCUAAGUUCUCCUCAAGAGUCAUAUUUAGGCCUACCAUUUGAACAAGGCAUUAUGCGAACCACGUAGGCAAAUUCUCUAGCAUCUUAAUUUUUCAAUUAGCAUGCCUCUUGUGCUCUAAACAUAUGCAAAAACAGCAGGGCAUAAUUUUAAAUGCAACUUUAAUGGUGAGUCUAAUUAGUGUAAAUUGGUAGGCUUGUAAACUCUGAGAAAUUUGAAUACAGCUCGAUAUCAAUCUAUCCUUACAUGGAUGGUGUAUCAAUACACCGUAUAUAGAUUUUCUAUUGUGUUAUUGACUGUACGUUUUGUUUAUUCCAUAUGUAACUCUGUGUUUGUUGUUUUUAUCGCACUGCUUUGCUUUAUCUUGGCCAGGUCGCAGUUGUAAAUGAGAACUUGUUCUCAACUGGCUUACCUGGUUAAAUAAAGGUGAAAUAAAAAUUAAAAAAUAAACACCCAAUCACUACAAAGAUACAGGCGUCUGUCCUAACUCAGAUGCCAGAGAGGAAGGAAACCGCUCAGGGAUUUCACCAUGAGGCCAAUGGUGACUUUAAAACAGUUACAGAGUUUAAUGGCUGUGAUAGGAGAAAACUGAGGAUGGAUUAAAAACAUUGUAAUUACUCCACAAUACUAACCUAAAUGACAGAGUGAAAAGAAGGGAGCCUAUACAGAAUAAAAAAUAUUCCAAAACAUGCGUCCUGUUUGCAAUAGGGCACUAAAGUAAAACUGCAAAAAAUGUGGCAAAGAAACGAACUUAUGUCCUGAGUACAAAACGUUAUGUUUGGGGCAAAUCCAACACAACACAUCACUGAGCACCACUCUUCAUAUUUUCAAGCAUGGUCGUGGCUGCAUCAUGUUAUGGGUAUGCUUGUCAUCGGCAAGGACUAGGGAGCUUUUCUUUGGAUAAAAAUAAAUGGAAUAGAGCUAAGCACAGGCAAAAUCCUAGAGGAAAACCUGGUUCACUCUUCUUUCCAACAGACACUGGGAGACAAAUUCACCUUCAACAGGGCAACAACCUAAAACACAAGGCCAAAUAUACACUACAGUUGCUUACCAAGACGACAUUGAAUGUUCCUCAGUGGCCUACUUUCAGUUUUGACUUAAACUGUCUUGAAAAUGGCUGUCUAGCAAUGAUCAACAACCAAUUUGACAGAGCUUGAAGAAUUAAAAAAAUAAUAAUUUGCAAAUAUUGUACAAUCCAGGUGUGCAAAGCUCUUAGAGACUUACCAGAAAGACUCACAGCUGUAAUCGCUGCCAAAGGUGAUUCUAACAUGUAUUGACUCAGGGGGUUGAGUGAGGGAAAAAAGUAUUUGAUCCCCUGCUGAUUUUGUACGUUUUCCCACUGACAAAGAAAUGAUCAGUCUAUAAUUUUAAUGGUAGGUUUAUUUGAACAGUGAGAGACAGAAUAACAAAAAAUCCAGAAAAACGCAUGUCAAAAAUGUUAUAAAUGUAUUUGCAUUUUAAUGAGGGAAAUAAGUAUUUGACCCCUCUGUAAAACAUGACUUAGUACUUGGUGGCAAAACCCUUGUUGGCAAUCACAGAGGUCAGACGUUUCUUGUAGUUGGCCACCAGGUUUGCACACAUCUCAGGAGGGAUUCUGUUCCACUCCUCUUUGCAGAUCUUCUCAAGUCAUUAAGGUUUCGAGGCUGAUGUUUGGCAACUCGAACCUUCAGCUCCCGCCACAGAUUUUCUAUGGGAUUAAGGUCUGGAGACUGGCUAGGCCACUCCAGGACCUUAAUGUGCUUCUUCUUGAGCCACUCCUUUGUUGCCUUGGCCGUGUGUUUUGGGUCAUUGUCAUGCUGGAAUACCCAUCCACGACCCAUUUUCAAUGCCCUGGCUGAGGGAAGGAGGUUCUCACCCAAGAUUUGACGGUACAUGGCCCUAUCCAUCGUCCCUUUGAUGCGGUGAAGUUGUCCUGUCCCCUUAGCAGAAAAACACCCCCAAAGCAUAAUGUUUCCACCUCCAUGUUUGACGGUGGGGAUGGUGUUCUUUGGGUCAUAGGCAGCAUUCCUCCUCCUCCAAACACAGCGAGUUGAGUUGAUGCCAAAGACCUCGAUUUUGGUCUCAUCUGACCACAACACUUUCACCCAGUUCUCCUCUGAAUCAUUUGGAUGUUCAUUGGCAAACUUCAGACGGCCCUGUAUAUGUGCUUUCUUGAGCAGGGGGACCUUGCGGGCGCUGCAGGAUUUCAGUCCUUCACGGCGUAGUGUGUUACCAAUUGUUUUCUUGGUGACUAUGGUCCCAGCUGCCUUGAUAUCAUUGACAAGAUCCUCCCGUGUAGUUCUGGGCUGAUUCCUCACCGUUCUCAUGAUCAUUGCAACUCCACAAGGUGAGAUCUUGCAUGGAGCCCCAGGCCGAGGGAGAUUGACAGUUAUUUUGUGUUUCUUCCAUUUGCGAAUAAUCGCACCAACUGUUGUCACCUUCUCACCAAGCUGCUUGGUGAUGGUCUUGUAGCCCAUUCCAGCCUUGUGUAGGUCUACAAUCUUGUCCCUGACAUCCUUGGAGAGCUCUUUGGUCUUGGCCAUGGUGGAGAGUUUGGAAUCUGAUUGAUUGAUUGCUUCUGUGGACAGGUGUCUUUUAUACAGGUAACAAGAUGAGAUUAGGAGCACUCCCUUUAAAAGUGUGCUCCUAAUCUCAGCUCGUUACCUGUAUUAAAGACACCUGGGAGCCAGAAAUCUUUCUGAUUGAGAGGGGGUCAAAUACUAAUUUCCCUCAUUAAAAUGCAAAUCAAUUUCUAACAUUUUUGACAUGCAUUUUUCUGGAUUUUUUGUUGUUGUUAUUAUGUCUCUCAUUGUUCAAAUAAACCUACCAUUAAAAUUUUAGACUGAUCAUUUCUUUGUCAGUGGGCAAACGUACAAAAUCAGCAGGGGAUCAAAUACUUUUUUCCCUCUGUAUUAUUGUUGUAUUUUUCUUAAUCUUUUUCUUAAAUUUUUUACAAAUGGUUGAAUUUCUCUUACACUUUGACAUUACAGAGUAUUGUGUGUAGAUCAUUGAGAAAAAAUUACAAUUAAAUCCAUUGUAAUCCCACCUUGUCACACAACAAAAUGUGGAAAAGGUCAAGGGGUGUGAACACUUUCUGAAGGCCCUGUAUCUUCAUUUACUCCCAUGUACACAGACUUGCAGGUGCAGCAAAAUGCUUGUGUUCCAACUCCAACAGUGCAGUAAUACCUAGUAAUACAAAACAAUACACACACACGUGUAUGUAUGUGUGUCUUUCGGAGGGGUUGGGUUAAAAGCGGAACUCAAAUUUCGUUUGGACUUUGUGUGCAAUUGACCAAUAACGUAAUCUUAACUAAGAGUUUUUGCUAGAUAGUUAUAGCUUUUCUUAUUUUUUUCUGCAUCCAUCUGUAUAUUCAAGUCAACUGCCUACCACUGAUUACCUUGCUGUAAAUCAGUGCGGUUCAAUUCCGGUCCUGGAGGGACAAAACACUUCUGUUUUUUUUAAUUGCACUCACCUGGUGUCCCAGGUCUGAAUUAGUCCCUGAUUAGAAGUAGACAGGGCCGAUUCCAGGCAUAAGCGACAGAAGCGGUCGCUUAGGGCCCCUGGCCACUAGAGGGCUCCCCCCCCAAAAAUAAAAAAAAUAAAAGGAACUCAGUUGGGGUCUCAACUUACUAUUGAGAGUAAGAAUAGUAGAAAUCUUGUUGUGCAUCAGCAGUUUUUCUCUUGCUAUGUCAGUCACUGACAGUCACUCAAUUAGCCAUGUCAGCUAACAAUUUUUAGAUUGGUAGUUAGUCUAGCCAGCUAUCUAAACUUGUAGUAAUCAUGGCCGAACACCGACCGAGCACACAGGGCACGCGCCCAGGGGCCCCAACCUCCAGGGGGCACCCAUUCAUUUUGUUAGUCAUUCUCACUCAGAUAUCAUAUUAACAUGGCAUAAGUCAUUACAAAAUGUGCAGAAUUGCAGGAAAUUAGCUUUAAAACGGCAAAAAUGUCUCUCCACACCAUGGCAAAUUGGGUAGAAUUGCAGAAAACUUGCUUUAAAGGUCCAAUGCAACCGUUUUUAUCUCAUUCUCAAAUCUGGGUAACAAUUAAGUACCUUACUGUGAUUGUUUUAAUUUUGCUAUGAUUGUCUGGGAGUGGUCUCAGUUGGGAGGGGAACACUGAAAAUUAGCUGCUAUUGGCAGAGAGGUUUGGAACUCUCUCUCUUAUUGGUCUAUUAACAAAUUUAAUGCAUGGUGAUGUCACCAUGGAAGGCCACAACUCCAUCCCACCAAAAUAGGCUGAAAUUUCAGGCGGCCUUUUCAAACAGCUCUUACACUAAAUGGGCAUUAUCAUCAUGUUUACAAUUUCACAGUAUUAUUCCAACCUCAUAGUGUGGAUAUAUAUAUACUGAACAAAAAUAUAAAGGCAACACGUAAAGUGUUGGUCCCAUGUUUCAUGAGCUGAAAUAAAAGAUCCCAGAAAUGUUCCAAAUUUCAUUACAUUCCUGUUAGCGAGCAUUUCUCCUUCGCCAAGAUAAUCCAUCCACCUGACAGGUGUGACAUAUCAAGAAGCUGAUUAAAUAGCAUGAUCAUUACACAGGUGCACCUUGUGCUGGGGACAAUAAAAGGCCACUAUAAAAUGUGCAGUUUUGUCACACAACAGAAUGCCACAAUUGGCAUGCUGACUGCAGGAAUGUCCACCAGAGCUGAUGCCAGAGUAUUGAAUGUUUAUUUCUCUACCAUAAGCCACCUCCAACGUUGUUUUAGAGAAUUUGGCAGUACGUCCAACCGGCCUCACAACUGCAGACCACGUGUAACCACGCCAGCCCAGAAACUCCACAUCCGGCUUCUUCACCUGCGGAAUCGUCUGAGAGCAGGCACCCGGACAGCUGAUGAAACUGUGGGUUUGCACAACCGAAUAAUUUCUGCACAAACGCUCAGAAACCGUCUCAGGGAAGCUCAUCUGCUUGCUCGUCGUCCUCACCAGGGUCUUGACCUGACUGCAGUUCAGCGUCGUAACUGACUUCAGUGGGCAAAUGCUCACCUUCGAUGGCCACUGGCAUGAUGGAGAAGUGUGCUCUUCACGGAUGAAUCCCGGUUUCAACUGUACCGGGCAGAUGGCAGACAGCGUGUAUGCCUUCGUGUGGGCGAGCGGUUUGCUGAUGUCAACGUUGUGAACACAGUGCCCCAUGGUGGCGGUGGGGUUAUGGUAUGGGGAGGCAUAAGCUACGGACAACGAACAUAAUUGCAUUUUAUCGAUGGCAAUUUGAAUGCACAGAGAUACCGUGAUGAGAUCCUGAGGCCCAUUGUCGUGCCAUUCAUCCACUGCCAUCACCUCAUGUUUCAGCAUGAUUAUGCAUGGCCCCAUGUCGCAAGGAUCUGUACACAAUUCCUGGAAGCUGAAAAUGUCCAAGUUCUUCCAUGGUCUGCAUACUCACCAGACAUGUCACCCAUUGAGCAUGUUUGGGAUGCUCUUCAUCGACGUAUACGACAGCGUUCUAGACAAUAUUCAGCAACUUCUCACAGCCAUUGAAGAGGAGUGGGACAACAUUCCAUAGGCCACAGUCAACAGCCUGAUCAACUCUAUGUGAAAGAGAUGUGUCGCGCUGCAUGAGGCAAAUUUACAUUUACAUUUUAGUCAUUUAGCAGACGCUCUUAUCCAGAGCGACUUACAGUUAGUGAAUACAUUUUUUUUUUUUUUUUUUUUUUUUUUUUUUUUAUACUGCUCCCCCGUGGGAAUCGAACCCACAACCCUGGCGUUGCAAACGCCAUGCUCUAUCAACUGAGCCACAUCCCUGCCGGCCAUUCCCUCCCCUACCCUGGACGACGCUGGGCCAAUUGUGCGCCGCCCAUGAGUCUCCCGGUCACGGCCGGCUGCGACAGAGCCUGGAUUCGAACCAGGAUCUCUAGUGGCACAGUUAGCACUGCGAUGCAGUGCCUUAGACCACUGCGCCACUCAGGAGUUAUGGUGGUCACACCAGAUACUGACUGGUUUUCUGAUCCAUGCUCCUACCUUUUUUAAGGUUUCUGUGACAAUAGGAUGCAUGUAUGUAUUCCCAGUCAUGUGAAAUCCAUAGAUUAGGGCCUAAUAGGGCUCAAUUGACUCAUUUCCUUAUAUGAACUGUAACUCAGUAAAAUCUUUGAAAUUGUUGCACGUUGCAUUGAUGUUUUUGUUCAGUGUAGAAAACACUGGACCUUUAAAAUGGCCACAUUGUCUCUAUAUCCCAUGGCAAAAUGUGUAGAAUUGCAGGAAAUGAAUUUUCUCUCCACCAUCAAGAGGACAAGAGGAGGCCCACUCAAGGUGGUGCCCCCCCCCCGCAACCAAAUCUCGCUUAGGGCCCCCAAAAGGCUAGAGCUGGCCCUAGAAGUAGAGGAUGAAAAACAUAAGUGUUUUGGCCUUUCAGGACCGGAAUUCAACAGCCCUGCUGUAAAUGAAACACCUGACUUGGUCUGAAAUAAGACUGUUGUCCUUCCUGCCAUCUCCUGGGGCCAUGAGACACGUUACUUUCUCACACACUGAUAGGCUACUCACAGUAUUGUCUCUGAGUCUGGUUUCAGAAAGUAUUUAUUCAAUUAGCUGUAUAUUCGUUCAAUAGUAAAAUUGUCAUACUCACAAAAUAAAUAAAAAAAUUCCAUACGCAGAGAGGUUGCUAUAAGCCUUUCGCAAACGUCAUCAUAAUGAUAGGGUGGGUCUGGGUCAUGCCAAAUGGAACUUGCGCGAGGGAUUGCACGAGUGCAUGAUGGGCGUAUGAUGAUCCCGGAGAAUUCGGUCCACAAUGAGCCUUCCAUCUGCUGACAGUUUCCACAGGUACAGUACGCUGCAUUUCUAUUCAUUCACACAAUGAAUUGGUUUGAUGCAGGAAACUAUUGAUUGACAUUUGAUGCUUGAUUGCCUUCCUAUUCUACCUCUUAUCUCGAGGAUGAGCAGAGGGGUUGUGAUCUUAGAGACAGACAAUGCAUUAACAGUUUAUUUAACUUGUAUAAAUGUUUGCAUUAUGCCUUUGAACUCUUGAUUGUUUCAAUGCAUGAAUAUGUAUCCAAAACUGUAAUUUGAUGUUUUUGACAGAUGAUCAAUCAAUUCUGUGUUAUUAAUACAUCCUAUAUUUGAUUUAUGCAGCAAUGGAUCAGAUGGCAGACCAGAAAACCAGAACAGAUGAAGAAUGUGGAAAAGAAAUGGAAAGGAAAGGUGGAAAGAAAUGCUCUUUGGUAAGAGAUGGUAAGUUUUCUAAAAGAAAUUCACUUUACCUUAUUGAAAAAAAAAACUAAAAGCAAUGUUCUCAAUGUCAAAUAUCAGAUAUUUUUGAUUAUUUACAUACAUAACUAUUAUGGCAGAGUUGAUACAAUACAGCCAAGUGAACACACUACUCAACCUGGUCUCAGAGCAUUUUGUAUUAUUCUGUAUGUAAAUCCGAAACACUCCAUUUAGUAUGAUAUGUUACGAAUUACAAUUCAUACAAUAUGUUACGAAUUUGCCAAACGUAUAUGAUAUGUUAUGAAUUCUAGCUAGGUGGCUAACGUUAGCUAGGCUAGGGGUUAAGUUUAGGGUUAAGUUUAGGAGUUAGGUUAAAGGGUUAAGGUUAGGGUUGGGGAAGGGGAAGGGUUAGCUAAAAUGGUUAAAGUUAGGGUUAGGGGAAGGGUUAGCUAACAUACUAAGUAGUUGCAAAGUAGCUAAAAAGUAAUAAGUAGUUGAAAAGUUGUUAAUUAGCUAAAAUGCUAAAGUUGUCCAUAAUGAGUUUCGAACUCGCAACCUUUGAGUUGCUAGAUGUUCGCAUUAUACACCUACCCAUCCACCCGUCUAACCACCUUACUUUCAUUUUUGCCUUAAGUAAUCAUCUGUUUUAUCUAACCAUACCAAACGUAAGAUAUACUCAUUUGAGUGUCCCGAAUUUACCUUUACUAUCUUCCAUCUAGUCUAUGAGACCAGGCUGCACUACUACAUACACUAUAUAUAUAAAAGCAUGUGGACACCCUUUCAAAUUAGUGGAUUCGGCUAUUUCAGCCACACCCAUUGAUGACAGGUGUAUAAAAUCGAGCACACAGCCAUGCAAUCUCCAUAGACAAACAUUGGAAGUAGAAUGGUCUUACUGAAGAGCUCAGUGACUUUCAACAUGGCACCGUCAUAGGAUGCCACCUUUCUAACAAGUCAGUUCGUAAAAUGUCUGCUCUCCUAGAGCUUCCCUGGUCAACUGUAAGUGCUGUUAUUGUGAAGUGGAAAUGUCUAGAAGCAACAACGGCUUAGCCAUGAAGUGGUAGGUCACACAAGCUCACAGAAUUGGACCGCAGUCUGCUCAAGCGCGUUGCGUGUGAAAAUCGUCUGUCCUCGGUUGCAACAUUCACUACCGAGUUCCAAACUGCCUCUGGAAGCAACGUCAGCACAAUAAUUGUUUGUCAGAGGACUUCAUGAAAUGGGUUUCCAUGGCCGAGCAGCUUCACACAAGCCUAAGAUCACCAUGCGCAAUGCCAAGCAUUGGCUGAAAUGGUGUAAAGCUUGCCGCCAUUGGACUCUGGAGCAGUGGAAACACGUUCUCUGGAGUGAUGAAUCACGCUUCACUAUCUGGCAGUCCGACGGACGAAUCUGGGUUUGGCGGAUGCUAGAAGAACGCUAUCUGCCCCAAUGCAUAGUGCCAACUGUAAAGUUUGGUGGAGGAGGAAUAAUGGUCUGGGGCUGUUUUUCAUGGUUAGGGCUAGGCCCCUUAGUUCCAGUGAAGGGAAAUCUUAAUGCUACAUCAUACAUUGACAUUCUAGACGAUUCUGUGCUUCCAACUUUGUGGCAAAAGUUUGGGGAAGACGCUUUCCUGUUUCAGCAUAACAAUGCCCCCAUGCACAAAGCGAGGUCCAUACAGAAUUGGUUUGUCGAGAUCGGUGUGGAAGAACUUGACUGGCCUGCAAAGAGCCCUGACCUCAACCCUAUCGAACAUCUUUGGGAUGAAUUGGAACGCCGACUGCGAGCCAAGCCUAAUCGCCCAACAUCAGCACCCGACCUCACUAAUGCUCUUGUGGUUGAAUGGAAGCAAGUCCCCGCAGCAAUGUUCCAACAUCUAGCGGAAAGCCUUCCCAGAAGAGUGGAGGCUGUUAAGGGGGGACCAACUCCAUAUUAAUGCCCAUGAUUUUGGAAUGAGAUGUUCGACAAGCAUUUGUCCACAUACUUUUGGACAUGUAGUGUAGCUAGUGCCAUCCAAACUUGAAAAACUUGAAAAAAGCUUUGUGAUUCCUAGUGAGUGAAAGAGGCAUUGUAGAAAGUGUAGCAUGGAGGUAACAGUUAAAACAUGUAUCUCAUGCCUGCAGGCCUUAUUUCUCUAUUAGCUAAUGGGCACAGACCAGCUGCAGUAGUUACCUCAUUUAUUAGCUUACCCAGGGGCGUCUCAAUGAUUUCCAGCACUGGUACGCGGCAGAAUUAAUUGAUUCUAUAACUCCAUGCAUAUUUCUACUGUAUCUCCUUUUGACUAUUUAGUGUAUUCCUGUUUGGAAAAUGUGUCCAACAUGUUAAUAAAUCAUAGGACAUUAAAUGUUAAAUAAAAGGGAGACAAAAUGCAUGGUAAAUAAGUAAUUUAGAAUAGGUGGUAGAAAAAUAAACAGGGUAGAGCAGCCAAAGCAAUCAUUCAUUAAUAAGCAUUGAAAUUGGUCUGUGAAAAGCAGAUUAAUCAACUAUUAUGUUCCCUGUAAAACUGGAGAUACAAUUGAUGGAGGGCAUCAGAAUCAAAGUGAAAUAUAUCAAUACUGGGAUAUACAACACUGCUGCUUAGCUCUCAGAAUAAAUAAGUUGUGCACAUUGAACAAGUUACAAAUAAACACUUCCUACCACUUCUGGAAAAUAUAGACAUACAGAAGAAAAAAAAUUCAAAGCAAUGUUAGAACUAAUAGUGUUCAACCCCAACCCCAUAAUUAAAUAAUGAAGGUGAUCCUAGUUUGCACACUACAAGGUACUGAAAUUAUACUGAAUUACGUAGACUACCGCACAUCUCUAUCACAAGAUAGAGUGGCACCAAACUGUAGAGUGUCACCUGCUAAAGCCCCUAACAGCUGGAGGUGCAUCACUGUGUAGAUUUAUGCUGUGGAAACUAGGCUGCAAUAGAGGAUAGCUUAAAACCAAGCCCAGAUGUUAUUCUGUGCUGGGGAAUGGACAGUUGUCAAGUUCAAGGGAGGUUAUUCAAUCUAAACUCUUUAUAACAGUUUUCAAUCAAUAAUUUCCCCCACUGGAUAGCUACAUUGCUUUUCAGCGUAUUCUGCUUCCCGGUUAAGUAUUUUGUGAAUGACAGUUUAUUUUUAUGGAAACGGACAGGGGCGCAACUUUCACUGGGGACGGGGGGGCAUGUCCCCCCCCCCCCCCCCCCCCCCCACACACACACAUUCUGAAAUGAUUUCCUGUUUGAUAGGGGAGGUUCUGAGCGAGGCCCCAGUCAGUGUCCGGAAGCUGAGCGUCAUUCCAGAGAACGAGACAGAUCCAGGGAAGGCCGACACAGACCAGGCCUCCCAUGAUCCUCAGCGGCCCAGGGAGAAGGACAGCUCCACUUCCUCUCUGUUCACUGUGAACAAGUACCGCAGGAACUCCUCCUCAUCAGACUCUCUCUCCACCUCCUCUAAUCAGACCGACACAGGAGGUAAGUCACACAAGCUGCAUUCACACCAGCCUCAUGAUUGAACUAUUAUAAUGUUCUAAUACACUCCACAGUCCAAGUGACAAAGACAAAGUUCCCUAACACUGGUCUCUGUUUCAUGGCAAUUGUCUUCUAUAAACAGGUAGUCAGGACAUUAGCAAUAGGAUGUGCAGUAGCUCAAGUCAAAGCUGUAUACACAAUUCACAUCCUCUAUGGUCAAGCCACAGACCUACUGGUUGAUGUUUGUAAACCACUACUUAGUAAGAAUGUAAAAUGCGACCUAUUACUAGCUUCAUAUUUUACUCUGCUGUAAGCAUGUUUAAAUGCAUUUUUAUUAUAAGUUAUUAAAAUGUGUGAAUAAUUCAGAUACAGAAACGACAGUAGAAGAAAAUCCUAUAAUGUAAAAACUGGUCACAGCAGUGGAAACACUUUCACUUAAUGCAACACAAUUGAUUGCAUAUGUACUUGAAUUAUUAAAAACAUGGAUCAGUAAAAUUGCAAUGCACUGAUUAGAUACAUAUUUAUUAAGCAAUUGAUUCAAAAUUAUGUUUCACUACAUAGUUGUAGAGAUGUUGGUGUAUGGGAUAGAUUAUGAAAGUUAGCCUUUUAUUUGUUUGUUUACUGAGUGUAUUUGGACACUUAUCCAAAAAGCCUGGCAUAAGUUGCAUAGCUAGUUAUACUGCACUUGUGUGUUGCAAAGCUCUUUAUAUUAUAGCAUUAUCUCCAUAUUCUAACUGAUUAACAGUUAUAAAGACCAACUCCCAACAUAUUUCUCAGCAACAACCCACAUUAUUGCUGUCUCUUCAUGGUCAUCAUUUUAGCCCAGUGACCUCAUGUUUAAUGGCACCCAGGGGGGCAAACAUUUUUGCCAAGGGUGCUGGGAAGACCCACAGCACAUUGUUUCAGAGUAGCCACGGUGCAACUUUAGAAUAUUCCUAGUGAAAGACCCAUAGAGGCUGACGGUAAUUGAUUAUGUCUCCAAACAGCUUCCUCAGUUGUCUCCCUGUAAGGGAGUGAGAGGUGAUUUGCUAAAUUAUGCAUGUAUAAAGGAAUGCCCAGGGAGAGCGUGGAAGCUUUUAAAAUGUUCUAAACAAUAAGUGAGGACAGACAGCAUGCAGGUCUUUUAGGAGCACAGAUAAUCUAUGUCCUGAAGACAAAUCCCAAGGUAUAGUGGCUGGCCGUUGGAAGCAUUUAUUACAGUGCAGACUUUUAAAUGGGUCACAGUUAUGGAUUGUCCAGGCUGCCAUUUUUGUUUUAGGAGAUAACAUUUUCCUGUCACAUUUUUUGGAAUAUAAUGUCCUUAAAUAGACAUGUUCAUUCAUUCAUAGUAUGUCCUAAUUUCACUUAUUAAUUAAAUAAAAAAGUAACAACUUAUAAAGUAAGAGGGUUCAGCAUUAUCUAUGUAAUGUUGUACUAGAAUCUGAUCAUUCCUAAUGUUCUCCCAUGUUUUUCCCUCUGCCUCUCAGCUGACUGUGCAGGGAUUGUCCUGGACUGCCUCUUCUGUAGGUUCUACGAUCUGUUCCUCAUGUUGCCAGCCUCAUGUGACGAAGCCACCUAUUGCUGCUGCCCUUCCUACAGACAGUACUCCUCCUCAGUGGAGGCCAUACCUAGCAACGACUGCAACUGUAACUUGGACUUUGACUGUGGCCUGUUUGACACCUGUCAAGAGACAGGUGAGUUUCUGGAGCUGGCUAUGGAGCUUUCUGAGAUAUGUUACCGCUAG